CCAGACGCUCUGCUCAGGCACUACCACUACCAUCAUCAGCCAUCAAUCCAUCUUACCGCACGCACAAAGACAUUGCUGCCGACGCUACCCCACGAUUUCACUAGCAGUCACCCCUACCUUCAAAAUGGUCAACUUCCACAUCAGCGAGCCGCACCCAUCGGCCUCCAGCUACAUGUACUCUGGCCGCGGCGGCGCUGGCAACGCCAUGCGCAUCAAGCCUACUGAGGUCACUGCCGGUCCUACUGCCUCUGGCCCAGCAUCCCGCACCAAGCUGCCUCCUCCACCCUCAAACUCCAUCUACGCCACUGGCCGUGGCGGUGCCGGCAACAUGAGGAGGUCUGAGCGCGCCAUCUUCAGCUUCGACGAGGAGCUGCAACAGCAAGAACGCAUUCGCUCUCAGCAAGCCCCCGUCUAUCACAUUGGCCGUGGCGGCGCCGGAAACCUUGUCGACGAGAUGAAGCCCCGAACCUACCGCCAGAGCUCUGCCUCUUCAGCCUCUAGCGCUUCCAGUGUCGAGUGCGACCGGGACGGUGUCCGCAAGAGCAUGGAGCACGCGUGGCAGCGUCUGAGCAGGCAAUUCUCUCACCAGUAGAGUGCCCUGCCAGUGCCUGCGCAUCUCCUUGUCCGCUUCACUUCUCUGUCACUAUUCAACACGAUUAUUACGACCACGAUUGAGAGCUGGUCCUGAUUCUCUCGUCCAAGCAUUUCCCAUCAGCACGGCGUUUCCGGGGAGGCAUUCAUCUGUAAAACCACAACAAAAAGUUUUCUUUACGACACACACAUCACAUUCACAACCAUCGAGGAGCCAGGCGCAAACCUCGGGUCAUCAACAAAAGUCUUUUUCUUGAUACCCGGAACGCAAUCGUCCUGCUCUCACGAGAGAGGGCCUUACCAUUUUGUUUCUUAUUGCUUAGCGGGUGGUGCAAUUCAGGGGGAAAUCACAUAGUCUAGGUUUAUUUGAUGGUUUAGCAAAUAACAAUGAAAUUCAAUCUUGAUUAUGAUUGAC